UUUCCCGUGAAGCCGACAGCGUAAGGGCUAAACAGCCUAAAACCUUAAAACAGCCGGAGACAAGACCAAGAGCGAAGCUAAAUUGUCUGAAGAUUCCGUCGAUAAUUUUGAGUCUGAAGGAGAAGGAAGGGAUAAUGGCGGUUGCGGCUUUUGGGCAGCUGAAUCUUGAGGAGCCUCCUCCGAUUUGGGGAUCUCGUAGUGUCGAUUGCUUCGAGAAGCUAGAACAGAUUGGUGAAGGAACUUACGGUCAAGUUUACAUGGCUAAAGAAAUCAAAACUGGCGAAAUCGUGGCUCUGAAAAAGAUCCGUAUGGACAAUGAAAGAGAAGGGUUUCCGAUAACAGCUAUCCGGGAGAUUAAAAUUCUGAAGAAGCUACAUCAUGAAAAUGUCAUCCAUUUGAAAGAGAUUGUCACUUCUCCAGGUCGGGAUAGGGAUGAUCAAGGAAAGCCAGAUAAUAACAAAUACAAGGGUGGAAUCUACAUGGUCUUUGAGUACAUGGAUCAUGACUUGACUGGACUUGCUGAUCGUCCUGGACUGAGAUUUACAGUCCCUCAGAUUAAGUGUUACAUGAAGCAACUGCUCACUGGGCUUCACUAUUGUCAUGUGAAUCAAGUGCUUCACCGUGAUAUAAAAGGUUCAAAUCUACUUAUUGACAAUGAGGGAAAUUUAAAGCUUGCGGAUUUUGGGCUUGCUCGGUCAUUUUCUCAUGAUCAUACUGGAAACCUUACAAACCGUGUCAUCACAUUGUGGUAUAGGCCACCUGAAUUGCUACUUGGUGCAACUAAAUAUGGACCAGCGAUUGACAUGUGGUCAGUUGGAUGCAUAUUUGCUGAACUUUUGAAUGGAAAACCCAUCUUGCCUGGGAAAACUGAGAAUGAACAAUUGAAUAAGAUUUAUGAACUUUGUGGAUCACCUGAUGAAAACAACUGGCCUGGAGUUUCCAAGAUGCCUUGGUAUAACCAAAUGAAAUCAUCUCGGCCUUUAAAGAGACGCGUUAGGGAGAUCUAUAGACACUUUGAUCGACAUGCCCUUGAAUUACUUGAGAAAAUGUUGGUGCUUGACCCAUCCCAGAGAAUAUCCGCAAAGGAUGCUCUUGAUGCUGAGUACUUUUGGACCGAUCCGCUGCCGUGUGAUCCAAAGAGUCUACCAACAUAUGAAUCAUCACACGAGUUCCAGACAAAGAAAAAGCGGCAACAGAUGCGCCAUAAUGAGGAAGCAGCCAAGAAACAGAAACUGCAGCAUCCACAGCAGCAACAUUCACGAUUACCUCCACAGCAACACGGUGUUGGUCAGUCUCAUGCCGCUCCACAUUGGCCUGCCGGACCAAACCACCCUAUGAACAACAAUGCACCACCACCCCAAAUGCCUGCUGGUGGACCUGGCAGCCAUUACUAUGGAAAGCCCCGUGGUGGUGCACCUGGUCCAAACCGGUACCCUCCUAGUGGUAACCAGACUGGUGGUUAUAAUAAUCAGAGCCGUGGAGGUUACAGCAGCGGAUCAUAUCCUCCACAAGGUCGAGGUGCACCAUAUGGCGCCGGUCCUAGAGGACCUAGCGGUGGCUAUGGUGUUGGACCGCCUAACAACUACUCGCAAGGUGGUGGUCAGUAUGGUGGAUCUGGUGGCUCUGGAAGAGGUCAGAACCCUAUGGGUGGUGGUAGAAACCAACAAUAUGGAUGGCAACAGUGAAGAUUACUCAAAGAGUCUCAUAUGAUGUGGUCUUGGAUUUGAUGUCCUAAAGGCAGUUGCGAUUCUGAUUAUGAAGACCGAUCGUCGAGAAACAGUUUGUUUUCCCGUCUUUUUGGCUUUCUUUCAAAUAUUCUGUGAUUGUUGUAUGUUUAGAUCAUUUUGCACGAGCAAGCUUUAUGUAUAAGAACACAGCAAAACCAAAUUGAAAUUUCCAAAUCUUAUUA